GGCGGGUCCGAGCACCAGUGUAGUUUCUCAGUCGGUGAUUGACGCAGCUGUGUUGUACUCGCAUCCGUCAUGUCUGGCCGCGGAAAGCAGGGAGGCAAGGCUCGCGCCAAGGCGAAGUCCCGCUCGUCCCGUGCCGGGCUGCAGUUUCCCGUGGGCCGUGUGCACCGCCUGCUGCGCAAAGGCAACUACGCCGAGCGGGUCGGCGCCGGCGCCCCCGUUUACAUGGCGGCAGUGCUGGAGUACCUGACGGCUGAAAUCUUGGAGCUGGCGGGCAACGCAGCCAGGGACAACAAGAAGACGCGCAUCAUUCCCCGCCACCUCCAACUGGCCAUCCGCAACGACGAGGAGCUCAACAAGCUGCUGGGCAAGGUGACCAUCGCCCAGGGCGGCGUGCUGCCCAACAUCCAGGCCGUUCUGUUGCCCAAGAAAACCGAGAGUCACCACAAGGCCAAGGGCAAGUGCCAACUUACCAAGAGGGAUCCCAGUGUGUGGUUCCAGUGCUGGGCCUGGAGCCAGGAGGUUCUGGGAAGCCAUUCCACGGUAGCUGCUUACUAGCUGCGUGACCUUGGUCAAGUCUCUUGACCUCUUUUCCUCCCCUCUAAAAUGAAGGGCUUCACUCCAUGAGCUCUGAGGUCUCCUCCAGCUCUAAAUCUAUCCUUGCCCCUUCUUGUUAUGACCCUGGUGGCCAAAGAUUCAUCUCAGCUCUGCUCUGGAGAAGACAACGGCUCCAUAGACUGCAGAACUAGAGGAGAGACACUGCCCCCAGAACACAAGACCUCCCUACACACAGGCUCAGGACUUGGUGCCCUGGAAAGAGCCCUCUGCAUUCCUGCAGCCCUCUGGGGAUCAGGCAACUGAGGUGAAGAGGACCACCUGGAAGCUGUAGAGGAUCUGCAGGACAAGAGCAGCAGCAAGGCUCAGAGCCACAGGGAGACAUUUGCCUUGGGAGUUCAGGCUGGUCACCUCUCUAGGGAGCCCAGUGUUUUCCCCCUUGCAGGGAAGACUGUCUGCACAAGCCCAGGGCAAGCCUGAGGCCCACUGGAAAAGAAAGAAUCGUUGCCCUGACUGAUGACAAAUGGAUCUGAUUACACUUCCUU